AUGGAGGCCUCCAAACAACUGGUCAUAUUGGGUUCAGUGUGAUACAUUUGUACAUUGGAGGAGAGGGAUGCCCUGGUGGAGUCAGCCACAAAGUUCUACUUAGAAAGCAGGCCACGGGAUGCUCUUGAGCAGUGAGUUUCCAUAUAUCUAAGGAAUCUCAUAAGCUGAGUUAAAUUCUUCAUGGCAAAUUCAUUAUGUUACUUUUUUUACUUUAUAGAUUCAAAGAGGUUCUGGAGUGUCUAGGUCUCCUGCCUUACAUGAAUAGACACUCAAGCCUCUUCAGAGAGGUUUUCAUCAAUGCUGAGAAGCCGUUUUUGGCCAAAGACAUAGCUUCUCUCUUCAAAGCUGUGCUCUCCCCACCUGGUACCAAUCAAAGAGCAAUAUAGAGCAGAGUCAUUUGUUUCUGGAGGGACUGGCUGCUGGAGGUGGAAGGUUAAAUGCAAAACCAUGAUCAUUGAAGUAACACGGCCCACGUCAGUAAAAUAUAUCACCUAUUCACUCUCACAACUGUGGGGCAGCAUUUUAUAGCCUUAUUCUUUCAUGGGCCCCCUAAGAACGUAAUAGAUACAUUAAAUCCCAUACCACUUUCACUUAGAGUAUCGUGUUCUCCAAUAAGUGUUACUUAUGGACUUUAAUGUCCCCCCCCCCCCCCCCCCCCACCCCUUCUUUUUUCAGAGGGGAACGCAUACCCUUUCACCCUGGAGAAGGUUCUCAUUUUCACUUCGGGGGCAUCGGCCAUUCCUAGGCUGGGAUUCCCAGUGGAGCCACAGCUACAGUUCUUCCACAAACAAGAGAAUGAGGCUGCCAGGAUCUUCCCAUAA